CGGGCUGACGACACUCUAGGCUGCUGCUCGGGCCCGGGACGCUGUUAGGUUCCGGCUUUACUUUACAGACAGUCUCCCCCCCAGUUCCUGGGAGCCCCCGGGGGACAUUCUCCCUGCACCGGGACCUGUCCGUCCGUCACCCCGGGCACCGCCAUGUCCGGCCCUAGCUGCUCCUGCGCCGCCAGGAUCAUCUGCAGCUCCCUGCACAGAGGAGCUGCUUGCAGUCGGGGACAUCUGUCGGUUUUUAGAAGACCUGGAACUCUUGAGGCUCCUGUAAGGAGGAAGAUACCAUUUAGAGCCUUUUCUGAGACAACUGUAUAUUUUGCCUCCAAAGACGGCGCCAGCAAAGAUGGAUCAGGGGAUGGAAAGAAAUCUGUGAGUGAAGGAGGCGGCAAGAAGACCUCUGGCAGUUCAGGGAAAGGAGGAAAUCAGCUGCGCUGCCCAAAGUGCGGAGACCUGUGCACCCAUGUAGAGACCUUUGUCUCCUCUACCCGUUUUGUAAAAUGUGAGAAAUGCCACCACUUCUUCGUUGUGCUGUCUGAGGCAGAUUCAAAGAAAUCUAUAAACCGUGAACCCGAGACUGCUGCUGAAGCUGUGAAACUAGCGUUUCAACAGAAACCUCCCCCACCACCCAAAAAGAUCUUUAACUACCUCGAUAAGUAUGUGGUGGGCCAGUCUUUUGCAAAGAAAGUGCUUGCUGUUGCUGUGUACAAUCAUUACAAGCGGAUAUACAACAACAUCCCAGUCAACAUAAGACAGCAAGCGGAAGUGGAGAAACAAGCCUCUUUAACCCCUCGAGAGAUAGAGAUAAGAAGACGGGAGGAUGAGUACAGAUUUACAAAACUUCUGCAGAUUGCUGGGAUCAGCCCACAUGGCAAUGCCUUGGGAGCAUCUAUGCAACAGCAAGUGAACCAACAAAUGCCACAGGAGAGGCGAGGAGGCGAUGUGCUGGACUCAAACAAUGAUGAUAUCAAGCUAGAGAAAAGUAAUAUCCUGCUGCUCGGCCCAACUGGGUCUGGUAAAACCCUUCUUGCGCAGACAUUGGCAAAAUGCUUGGAUGUCCCGUUUGCUAUAUGUGACUGUACCACCCUGACUCAAGCUGGGUAUGUAGGAGAAGAUAUUGAGUCUGUGGUUGCCAAACUGCUUCAAGAUGCCAAUUACAAUGUGGAGAAGGCUCAACAAGGAAUCGUGUUCUUGGAUGAGGUUGACAAGAUUGGCAGUGUCCCUGGCAUCCACCAGCUCAGGGAUGUGGGAGGAGAAGGCGUGCAGCAGGGUUUGCUGAAGCUUCUUGAAGGCACUAUUGUUAAUGUCCCCGAGAAAAACUCAAGGAAGCUGCGUGGUGAAACCGUUCAGGUUGACACAACAAACAUCCUCUUUGUAGCAUCUGGAGCUUUUAAUGGCCUGGACAGGGUCAUCAGUAGGAGGAAGAAUGAAAAGUAUUUGGGAUUUGGCAUAGCUUCAGAUAUAGGGAAAGGACGUAGAGCUGCUGCAGCAGCAGAUCUAGAAAAUGCCAGCGCUGAAUCAAAUGCGGUACAAGACAUUGAAGAGAAGGACCGGCUGCUGCGUCACGUAGAAGCAAGGGACCUCAUUGAGUUUGGCAUGAUCCCAGAGUUUGUAGGCCGCCUUCCUGUAGUGGUGCCCCUUCACAGCCUUGAUGAACAGACUCUUGUACGCAUUCUCACAGAGCCCCGUAAUGCUGUUGUGCCCCAAUACCAGGCUCUAUUCAGCAUGGAUAAGUGUGAAUUAAAUGUCACUGAAGGUGCUUUGCGAGCAAUUGCCAGACUAGCUCUUGAAAGAAAAACUGGUGCUAGAGGCCUCCGCUCUAUCAUGGAAAAGCUCCUGCUGGAACCCAUGUUUGAAGUUCCAAACUCUGACAUAGUUUGUGUUGAGGUGGACCAGGAAGUAGUUGAAGGGAAAAAGGAGCCAAGUUACAUUCGGACACAAAAUAAAGAAAUGCCGGAGGAGGAGUAUGACUCUGGAGUAGAGGAAGAAGGCUGGUCUCGGCAGGCUGAUGCAGCCAACAACUAGACUGUCUGUCCGUUUCACUACUGUUCUCCUUCAGUGUUAAAAUUGCUUAUUCCCCUUAGAUAAGAAACACUUUUCACAAUACUAAAUUUAACUUUUAUUACCUGGAAAACUUACUUUGGGGGAGCAACCAGGAGACUUAUUUUAAAGAACUUCAGAUUUCUACUGUAGGGAGUGGUGUUUAUACAAGUCAGACGGUAAUAAUGUACAUUAUCUGGGGCUUUUAUAAGACGAUUUUCAUAAGCUUCAUUUACGGGGAUUAACUGGGGAUAAUUUUACAAUUCUGUUCGGUGUUGUGAAAUUGUGCACCCUUCUAACAUACGGUGGAUGUUUGGCCUACACUAGGGUCUCUUGCCAUCUUCCAAACACCUUUUCCUUUAGUGCUGGCAUUUCUUGUCAAUCGGAGACCUGUUUUUAUGUUGUGUUUUUUUUUGUUUUUUUGUUUUUUUCCUUUUUAUUUUAAUGUCAUGGCUGGCCAAUACUGGAACCUUACAUGAUAAAAGAUUUUAGUGGUCUUUCCACCAAUGGUGCAUUUUAUAUUUACUAGGAAUAUGGUUAAUCUCUUGAACCCCACCACCUCCAUUGGCACGGGGUUGUACCAGUGAGUACUUCACAUGUGCCUAUGGUCUGUUAAUCUGCAUUUAAAUCACUGCAUGAAGUGAUAUAAUGAAAACUAUCAUGCAUGUUAAAGUAAUGGGCACCUUCUUCACAGGAGUUCUACCUGCUCUCAAUACGGAUGUCUGAUGGACCAUGGAACUGAUACAAUAAAACAUGCUGCAUUCAUGGUCCAUGUCUAAGUGGCUGAAACCUGACAUUUCUAUGUCAAUUGCUAGCAAGCCCUAGGUAGCCUGUCUAAUAAACCCUUCUACAAAUUCUGCAUUUCCCAGAACUCAGUAACUUCUAUAGUAAAGGGAUCUUUGGUUCUUCAUGCAAUCAUAUUUGAUUGAUUUUGUAAUUUAAUUUCCUGCUGGAAAUAUAUUAUAUCAUGCUGCGGACCCCACAGUAGUGGCAGGCUUGAUAUGAAAAGCUUUUAAGUUAUAGAUAAAUGCUUGUCUGCUUAAUUAUUGUUUUCGUUUUUUUCUGUUUUGAUUUUAGAAUUUCACAAAAACAGGCUAAGAUAAUAAUUCCAUAUAACAUUCACCUGAAUAAAACAUUAGCCAAAAUGUUUUUGUGCCACUAAAGGACUUACAUGUUUUCAAGUUUUGUAGUUCCUUUAACAAAAUUAAAAAAGUGGAUAAAAAAAAAA